AUGACAUGUAAUCCCGAUUGGGUGGAGAUAAAAGAAAAUUUGUUAGAAGGACAACUUCCUCAAGACAGACCUGACUUGGUGACUAGAGUCUUUAGAGCAAAGCUACAAGAUUUAAAAGAUCAGCUAUUCAAGAAAAAGAUAUUUGGUCCUAUUGCAGCACAUGUUUUUGUGGUUGAAUUUCAAAAAAGAGGACUACCACACAUACACCUUUUAUUGAUACUUGAACAAGGAUACAAGGUAACAUCGGCAGAUGACUAUGAUAAGUUUAUUGCCGCUGAACUUCCGAAUAAGGAAGAAUUUCUAAUCUUGUAUGAUUUGAUUAUCAAGCAUAUGAUACAUGGUCCUAGUGGAAAUAGUCAUCCAGUAAAUUCAUGUAUGAAAGAUGGACAAUGCAAGAAUUACUAUCCUCGUCCAUUUAGUAAUAAAUCACUACAAAGAAAGGAUGGAUAUCCUAUUUAUAAGAGACGAAAUGAUGGAAAAAGAGAAGAGGUUUGA